ACAAAGUUCCACGACCAGAAUAGCAUCAAAACCAUAUCCCUUUUCCUCUAGCAUGAAGCAAACCCAGGCGGGCAAGGAAUUGGAGAGAUUGCUUCCAAUUGAAGACAGUCCAGUGAUUCUUGCAGAGACAGAUUAUAAUAUCAUGAAUCAAUCUGAUUAAGAAAGGAAGCAGAUUUGAUUGCUGAAGUCGAGUUUAUAUAACGUGUACUUUGUACACCUAUCUGAGGAAGAUAGUGAGUUUGGUCGAAGGUCUUUUGGUCUCUUCCUCUCUUUCUAAGCCUCAAAAGCUCAUCAUGGCUUCAGGACAAGUGAAAUCAGCCGCAUUCGUCCUGUUACUCCUCAAUCUUCUGCUCUACUUCAUUGUGACUGUCAUGGCCGUGUGGGCCGUGAAUCAUGCGAUCGUGAGAUCUCGGAAAACUGCUUCAGUUUUGACAAUCCCGGCCCGCAUAUUCCCCAUAUACUUUCCGGUUGGAAACAUGGCGACCGGAUUCCUAGUCAUCUUCUCACUGAUCGCAGGGAUCGUGGGCAUGGCGACUUCGGCUACCGGCUACCUGAAUGUCACUGAUGGAAAAAUCCAAAACUUGCACGCAGCCGCCGCCUCUUCUCUUGUCACUUUGUUCCUAACUUUUUUGGCUAUGGGAUUGGCAUGUAAGGAAAUCAACAUCGGCUGGAUUGAUGCGAAUCUGAGAACUCUUGAAGUACUGGUGAUAUUUGUGAGUGCAACCCAGCUUUUCUGCGCCGGUGCCAUUCAUGCCAGAGUUUCAGAAGUUGCAACGAUCCUAAAUAUCUACGGCAGUGGAAGAGUUUGAAGUCGAUCCUACCGUGUCUGGCCUAAACUGCUCGAACACACUCUUCUUCAAAAACGUCGUUUAGUCCCAACCUUCUGUUCUGUAAUUUUCUUCUUCCCCAUUUCUUGUAUAAUACUCAAGGGGCUGGUUAUCUGAAGGAGUGUUUGAUCCGA